GCGCUCGGCGACUUCGCGCUGUCCACGGGCACGCGCCAGGCCCUCGACAAGCGGGGCAUCAAGGUCCUCUUCCCGAUCCAGGCCGCGACGUUCGCGGCGAUCUUCGACGCCGGCAAGGACCUGCUCGCGCGCGCGCGGACGGGCACGGGCAAGACGCUCGCCUUCGCACUGCCCGUCGUCGAGAAGCUCCUCCUGGACAAGGCGACGCAGCGCGCGCCGCGCGCGCUCGUGCUCGCGCCGACGCGCGAGCUCGCGCAGCAGGUCCUCGGCGACUUCUCGGACGUCGCGCACGGCCGGCUGCGGACGCUCUGCGUCUACGGCGGCUCGGCCUACGGCCCGUCCUGCGACGCGCUCCGCCGCGGCGUCGACGUCGUCGUCGGCACCCCGGGCCGGACCAUGGACCUCAUCGAGAAGGGCGUGCUCGACGCGUCGGCGCUCUCGUUCGCCGUGCUCGACGAGGCGGACCAGAUGCUCGACAUGGGCUUCAAGGACGAGCUCGAGAAGAUCUUCGCGGCCAUGGCGCCCGCGGGCGCCCCCGCGCGGGCGCGCCAGCUCCUCCUCUUCUCCGCGACGCUGCCGCCCUGGGUCCGCAACAUCGCCAAGGCCUACGCGCAGACCGACGCGUCCCUCGAGGCCAUCGACCUCGUCGGCUCCGGCGGCGGCGACGCGCGCGACGGCCUCGGCGGCAUCGUCUGCCAGGCGUCGACGGACGUGUCGCACAAGUGCGUGCCCGUGGCCUCGUGGUCCAUGAACCACAAGGUCAUCAACGACGUCGUCGGCGCCUACGGCCUCAACGGCGCGGCGCGCUGCGUCCUCUUCUGCGAGACCAAGGCCGAGUGCAACGACGUCGUCGACUCCAAGGAGAUCACCUACGAGCGCCGCGCGCUCCACGGCGACAUCCCCCAGGCGCUCCGCGAGAAGACCAUGGCCGCGUUCCGCGCGGGCCAGUUCAAGAUCCUCGUCGCGACGGACGUCGCCGCGCGCGGCCUCGACAUGGUCGUCGAGCUCGUCGUCAACAACAAGCCGCCGGCGACGCGGAGCGGCUGGGCGGACGCGGAGACCUACGUGCACCGCUCCGGGCGCACGGGCCGCGCGGGCCGCAAGGGCACGUGCGUCACGCUCUACCAGACGAAGCACCGCGCGACGCUCGAGGAGAUCGAGCGCAAGACGAAGAACGCGUUCGACUGGGUCGGCGCGCCGCGCGCCCGGGACGUGCUCUCCGCCGCCGCGGACGCCGCGCUCAGGGCCGUCGAGGACGUCGCGCCCUCGGCGCUCCCCUGCUUCGAGGACCGCGCCGCGGCCCUCGCGGCGACCUUCGCGGGCCGCCACGGCUCCUCGGCGACGGGCGGCUACGCGGAGGCGCUCCGCGCGGCGCUGGCCAAGCUCGCGGGCUACGAGCGGGGCAAGCCCGCGGACCGCAGCCUGCUGACGAACAGCGAGCACUACGUCACGUGCCACUACGCGGCGGGCCUCCCGAUCCACUCCAUCUCCUACGUCUGGAACUUCCUCCGCCGCGAGCUCAAGCCCGAGGUCUGCGACGCGCUCAAGGCCAUGCAGCUCGUCGCCGAGGGCGACGGCGCCGUCUUCGACGCGCCGGCCUCCGCCAAGGCCGACCUCGUCGGCCUCGACGGCGUCAGCGUCGACAUCGACGACCUGCCGAAGCUCAAAGAGCGCGCGGGCGGCAAGGGCGGCAAGGGCAAGGGCGGCCGCGGCGGCAAGGGCGGCGGCCGCGGCGGAGGCGGCAAGGGCCGCGGCAAGGGCCGCGGCUCCUCC